AUGUACAGCGCAGUGGGCCGCAAUACGCAGCAGCUGCCUUUUUUGUGCGACUUCAAUGGGAAACAGAACUCCCAGACUUCUUCAUCCCACCUGUUCCUCGCCAAUAAUGCUCCUCCCAUCAUCUCUUCAUUUUCCCUCAUCUCCACCUCCCUCACAGAUCACAUCCUCAUUGGCCGAGCCCGCUGGGACCGUGAGUUCCAGGCUUGGCUUGAUCGCUGCCGUUCCGAAUCAGCCCAAUGGAGGACUGAGCCCAAGAGCCUGGAUGGCACACAUGAAGAUUAA